AUGGAGUCUGCAAAUCUGCGGCCUGGACCGUCGGAUCAAUUCCGUAUCAGGCGGAAGCCCGUGUCAAACCCGAAUCUGCGUGGAACUGCAAAUGCAGAUCACCAGUUGUCUCACGCCACAAGCUCCCCUGCUCUAGUACCACCGUCAUUAUUGCGGCCCCCAUCUUAUACUGAACUUUAUGGACCAGCACCCCAAUCACCCCAAUUACCUCAACCCGAUUCCCUUCACAGGCCCCGAACGGCGGGUGCCACGACGUCAACAUCAACGACACCACCUCCACCACCUCCGUCAUCGGUCCAGAAAGCAUAUGGCGAAGCGCGUCACUUUCUCGGUGGUCUCAUUAAUCAUCCAACCGAGUCUAAUAAGCACUUUACAAUCUUACGGCAUUCUCAUGGCUUAGUGUUCUAUCGUGGUAACACUACAUCGGUGGCUGUAUCAAUAUUCUCCGAUGCCCCUUUGCCAUUUGACCGUACAAUAUGGUUACAGAGCAAAGGAUGGUCCGGAAACACCGGAAUGCGUACCAAAGCGCUGCUUCGUCUUAACAAUAGCUGGCUUGAUGUCACACCGGGCAUGCCGAUCCGGGCGGACCAAGUGAAGCCAGACGAUGAACGCGCCUGGCAGCGCGAUAUCAAAAAGUUCCGCAAAAAGGCACCUGCGCGUCCUCGAGAUACACAUAAAUUGCGAGAAACGACCGUUGUGCGAAUUCCUGCCGAGGCGGGUGAUGGCUAUUUCCAACUGGUCCUCUGUCAGGGACUAAAAAAGAAGGUUCUUUGCUACAGCCCGGUCUUUCGAGUUCUUUCGACGUCGGCCAAUCCACAUUCCCUCCGAGGAGCCAGCUUGAGUACACUGCCAUUGGAGGUUGGGGCAAUGGUAGUCAGCCUCUAUGCGCAGACGGCUGCUCGGACAGUAGCUACCCCUGCGGCGGCGGUAGUCACGGCCAAGGUGAAUCCCUAUCGCCCCUCGUGGGUGACGCAAACCGCGGUGCAGAAAGUCUACUCUGCUAGCGGAGUCCAGGAUAGAGUGGGCGGGGUUUUGAAUCCAUCUGUCGGUUCUAGUCAGAGAUCUGCGAUUGGUCAAGAACCUCCGCCAUUCACGGGUACUGAAGUGUCGCCUGUUCAUGAGGGGCCACAACUGCCUUUUCCAAUGAUCUUCAAAGCUCGUGGGGAGCUUGCACACACGCCGUCUCCCAACAGUCUCAACGAAACUCCAAAAAUGGCUCUAACGAAGGUUCCGGACUGGGUUCCCGAGCAGCUGCGUGGCUACUUCUUUGGCUGGGCACGUUUCUGUACAAACCUCACUAAAGAUGCUGCUCCUGGGCCGUGGUGUCCUAUUGUCUUCUCAAUCCGCACUUUGGAUCCCCUGCAGGUCUCAAGGGUCGAUAUGGCACAAAUUGCAAGGCGAACUGUGACUCUUCGUCUCUUGGAUGAGGUUCCUAUCCAGACGACCCAACUUGAUAUUCGACUCAUGGGAUUCCUUCGAGAUGACAUUCCACCUCCGACUGGAAGCAGCAGUCAAGAGCUUGCGGACGCACAGGCUGCAGCAGCGGAGGCCGCCCUUCUGGCCGAUGUUUACGAUGUAUCUGUGGUGCAGAACACAUUAGCCCAUCCGGCAUGGGCGCCAGAAGUGCCAAGCGCUGCCGAAAUUCAACGGCAAAAUACCAGCUGGGCUGAUAAAACUCGGGAAGGAUACGCCACUGCGAGAGCCCGUGGUCUUAAAUGGGUUGAGCAGGUGCCCUUGCACCGGCUUGGGGUUCGGUCAGCGACAGACGAGUGGAGAGAGAGGCAAGUUGCGGUGAAUGGAUUUUACAUAGUUCGAUAA